AAAUGACACGAUUCCUCAUUCUUUCACUUUCCCUCGUGUGCCAGAUGGUGUCCAGUGAAUUCCGAACGUCGGUUUUUGAGUCGUCAAAUCGGUCAGAAGGAGAUAAGAUUAUUCUGACAGCACACGGAAUGGGAAUGGAUGAUGUUAAUCGAGUCGUUAUUCCAGUUACAAAUGGUCAUAUUCCACCACUACCAUGUGUGACAUCAAAUGCAGGAACUCACCCACAUGGAUCUACAUUCACCAAGAAUAAUUUCCAUUACACAUGCAAAAAUGGGACGGCGGAAGUUGUUGCUUGCCUCGCGGAUGAUGGUUCAGUAAUUCAACUUGGUCGAACCUUUGUCCGAAGUGGAAUGAAACACUUUUGCAGUAUUCAAGGUGACAAUGUAACAUAUAAACAAGAAAGUAUGUGCUAUGAAAAUGGAAUGCAUUAUAAUGUUGGAGACUCGUUCCGUAAUGGAUCAUUCAAAUUGACGUGUCGUGAACAAGGGAUUUAUGUUGAAGGAUGUUACAUGCAAAAUAGCUUCAGCGAUCUUCUGAUGUCCGGAGAAUCAAGAAUCGAAAAUGGAAAACGUCAUGAAUGUGAAAUCAUCGGUCCAGGAAAAGUUAGAUAUGUUGUGAAAAUGCUCGGAUGCAUGCACGAAGGACAACAAUACAGUACUGGUCAAAUGUGGACACAUCAACAUGUCAGAUAUCAAUGCAAGAACGACGGAACCCUAUUGGUUUUGGGUUGCCUGGACGAUGGACUCUUUAUUGAAUUGGGACGGGAUCUUUUGAUGAAUGGAAUGGCUCACAGAUGCUAUCAAGUCAACACUACGGUAUUCUAUCACAAAUUCGCUUGUGAGCAAUCUUCAUUGUCAGAAUGCGUUUCCCAAUCGAUGCACAGAAGAUUCAGAAGACACCAGGAAAUGAGAAUGAGAGCUUAAUUUUUUUUUUGAAAUCCCCUUUUCCCUCUUUUUCCAAAAAAAUAUAACGUGUACAUUUAAAGACAUUGAACUGGUUUAUUAAUUUUCUUUGAGAAUAAGUUUGUAUUUUCUGUAUUUUCUACACGAAUAAAUACUAUUGUGAAC